UUAGUUUUUAUUUGAGCAAUUAAUUUAAAAAAAUGUAACAGUCAAUUAUAUGUACCAACAUCUAAACCUAGAGAAAAAUGUUUAGAGAAAAGACGUGUUUGAUAUUGAGUUCAAUUUUUUUAUUUAAUUUAGUGAAAUGUGGUUAUCCGCCGAUCGGUGAUGAGGUCCAAGCCGGUAGCGUUUUACUUCCUGCCACCAGGAGAGGUCGCUACCUCGCCAACAUAGUGAGAAGACAGGCUGUGGAUGGCACUGGAAUCAGAUUCAAUAAAGACGCAGACAGGAUGAACGCAGAAGCAAAGAAAAAAGUGGACGUGUUGUCAGACGAGCUGCUACCGUACAUCAUAGCGGAGCAGGAGCGACGUACCACUCUGUACAAGAGGAUAAUGACGGCCAUACAGAACGGGGAGAAGGGGGUCACCAUCGCCGAGAUCAAGAAUAAACCCCCACUUAUUAUUAAGAGAGGCCUAAUGUUCCGGUGUCCCUCCAACCGCGCGCCGAAAGAACCCGACGGCUCAGGCAACAUUGUAUGCGAGGAAGGAAUCGAAGCGUUACCAGUCAUGUACGAUUCAUGUCUUAGCGCAGAGGAUAAAGAACUUUAUAACGCUGAGAAUAAGUACUUCUUUUGCAAUCGCCACAAAAUGGAGGGUCCAGACCUCCCCCGGAACAGCAGCACGGUCAUCGGCUGCGCUCCGGCUGAACGCACUUCCUUUAACUACACUAUGAACAAAUGUGGACUGGAAGGGUCAGAGGACGUCGUGGUGCACUAUAGAUAUUAUCCAGACAGGACCUAUAAAUACGUGACGGAAUUGGAUCCUGACCGUGAGGUCUGUGAUCACUGGAAUCCUUGUCAGAUCGGAUACAUCUUCGCUUUGCCGACCAUAGACCAGGCUACCACAGCCAACGAACUAUGGCGUGAGUUUUUUUUUUUACCAACAUUUUUAUUUAGUUUCACCACUUCUUCAGUGACUAUGAACCAGAUGGCGAUGUACUUUGUCACGUGGAUUGAUAUGUUUACACAUAAUUUAGAGGACUCUAUAUCGGAAUGCGUGGUGUUCGAGAAACCAUACGAGUUCUCCACCAUGGUGAAGACAUCCCCGGGCUGGAAGGUGAAGAACGUGGAACGCCGUGGUUGUUUACACUGCAAGGAGGGGCCAAACUCACUAAUCCGACAGCAAUACCUGAAGAUAGACGAGGACAAUGGUGAUCUUACGCAGGUGACCAUAAAUUGGCCGCGGUUCCCGUCGAGUGACGUGGAGCUCUGGACCGUGCUGGAGAACGAUUCAGGGGAGGAGAAGACGGAGAAACUUGUUGAAUUCUGUGAAGCCGCCAUAGCAAUAAUCCCGAAGAAAUUGGAGGUGUAUCCAGCCCAGAAGUUCGAUGAUCUGGUCACUGUGAACUACGAAUGCGACAGGUGUACGUUGGAGUACAUCGUUAUAAGGGGCAUGGACAAAACCAUGGUGAUAUUGGACAAGUCUAGAUUCAAGACAUCAGAUGGCAAUGACGGGAAAUAUAUCCAAUUCGACCUGGGUCGCUUGAAGCCGACUGACAUUGGUCAGUUCUAUGGGCAGUUUACCGACGGCAAUGGAAACCCGGAGAGGGUAAAAAUUAUCACGCUUGAAGGUCCCAGACAUGGUAAGUAUAUUUCUAUAUAUUUUUUCUUUUUUUCAUCUAUAUAUAGAAAUUAGAAUGUACCUACUUCCAUUGGAAUUUUAAGAAAAUACCGAUUACAAAUCUACACAAGGAAAACUAAUUUUAAAUCGAUUACAAAAAUU